CAGACAAUGGGGCCAUGAGGUGUUGGUGAUUUCUCCUCCCAAAACUAUUGAUGAUGAGAAAUGCUGACUUAAGUGCACCUACUAUGAUAGCAGCAAUUUUCAUUUCUUCCAACCCACACUGAUUCCACCCAGCAGACUGGGACCCAUUUGUGUCUCCCCACUGGCCCCCUUUCCUGCCGCCAAGCCGCCUGCCAUGAUUCUUUAUUUAUUUGAGUCUUUUGGCCUUUCUUUCGAGAUGAUCACUUCCUUGGUUUUCCUUCCCCAGGCCUCAGUCCCCACGUGCACAUACCUCUCCCACGGUGUCUUUGACCAUUCGGAACAAGGAAAAUCACUCUUGACGCCGAUACCUGCACCUUAACAAUCAACAUGAGGUUCUCUUCCUGCUUGGCUGCCGCCACGGCUCUGGCCGCGGGCGUUUCGGCUGCCCCUACUGUCUCUGCUAGAGACGAUCUGGAGGUCGCCCGUGCUCAGGUCAACAAGAUGGUUGCCGACAUCUCGGCCAAGAAGCUUGCCGACCUUCAGGCCAAGGCCGUCGAGGCCAAGCGCAAGGCUUGCAAGAGCACUUGCACGGCCGAUAAUGUCGCCGUUCGCAAGGAGUAUGGUGACCUCACCAAGGAGGAGAGGGCCGAUUACGUCCGCGCUGUCAAGUGCCUGAUGGAGCUCCCCGCCCGCACUCCCACAUCUGUGGCUCCUGGUGUCCGGUCUCGAUUUGAUGACUUCACUGUCACUCAUAUCCAGCAAACACUCAACAUCCACUAUACCGGUAACUUCCAGCCCUGGCACCGUUGGUUUGUCUACACCUACGAGAAAGCCCUGCGCGAGGAGUGCGACUACAAGGGAUACCAGCCUUACUGGGACUGGGCCAAGUACGCCUCUGCACCCCAGGACUCGCCCAUCUUCAACGGAGACGAGACCAGCCUGGGUGGCAACGGCGAGUGGAUCGGCGAUCACGAGGGCCCCAUGAUUGGCGUCCCCCAGGCCGGCGCUCCCACUCUCCGUCUUCCUCCCGGAGUCGGCGGCGGCGUGGUAAAGACCGGCCCCUUCCCCAACCGCACAAUUCUCCUGGGUCCCGUUGGAACCAUCGAGGGUGUGCCUGCAGGUCCCGAAAACGGUCUGGGCGAGAACCCGCGCCCGUGGAAGCGCGACGUUGGUCCCGGCGUCAACAUGCGCUACGCCAACUACACCACCGUCCUCAACCUCCUGACAGCCCCGGAUAUUGAUACUUUCAGGAUCAUUUCCGAGGGCGGCAAGGGCACCGAGGAGAUCGGCCCGCACGGCGGUGGCCACUACGUCAUGGGCGGCGACCCCGGCGGUGACGUCUACACCUCGCCCAACGACCCGGCCUUCUUUGUCCACCACGGCCAGAUGGACCGCAUGUGGUACCUGUUCCAAGAGCAGAACCGCACCGCCCGCCUCAAUAACCUCGGCACAGGACUGUACGCCCAUCAGACCUGGUGGAACGAGCCCCCCAGCAACCUGACCAGCCCCGACGAGAUCAUCGACCUCGGCUACGCGGGUGGCAAGAUGGCCAUCAAGGAUAUCGCCGACACCACCUCGGGUCCUUUCUGCUACAUCUACCAAUAAGAGGAUUUUUAUUUCCAGUUGAUUGGCGGAAGAUGACCCAAGCCCAUUCAUUUAAAGCCCUCGCUCGGAACCUGCACCAUCUUGGGGAAGAGCAGAGGAGACUCCAACGACAGCUGCAUUCAUUUUCCCUCCUAAUGUUCUAAUAAUGUGUGACGAACUGCCAUAAACCUUAGAAAAAUACCCAAGCAAGCUCUCUGCUUCAAAUUUUACACAUGCGACAAUAGAAUCACCAAUUUUUGGCGCCGUUCUUUAGAUUAUAGUUUAAUAAUAUCCUUGAGCUCAUCUCGCCUAUCAUUUCCCGAAUGACCAACUCACAUCCUUGCAUGGUUGAGUCUCUUUGUCCGAACACGGGCUUGCCGGGAUCUCGGAUUGUCGUCUAGUUUUGUGAUUGGAUGAACCAUGCCAUCAUCUAUCACGGAACGAUUAUACCUGCGCUUUGUACAUUUGAC